AUGCCGGAUGCGCAACCUCUGGGGAAAUGGACGCCCUCCAAAGAAGAUCAAGACGACCUGGACGCCAUCGACGCCGCCAUUGCGCGCAUGCGCAGGAUCACAACCCAAGAUCCCUACCGCCUCACCAUACCGCAACAUGAACAGCGCUACCGCCACUUCUCCGCGGCGCAGGCCGAACUAUGGCUGACCAAUGCUCCUUUCCAAAGAGGCGAGCACGAAACCACGCAGUACCUCACCUAUCACUUUCACGAACCCGGCAAGGAUACCUACGUCUUGGAGAGUAGCUGGCACGAGGAGGAACCAAAAGUGAACGGCAAUGGAUUGAAGCCAAGACCUGCGCCUGGCGCAACGACACCAAAUGGUGCGCCGAAGAAGAAGCUCACCCUCGAUGCGUACAGAAAGCAGAAGUCCGGGGCAGUUGGUACUCCAGAAAGAGAUGCUGCGAAAGGAGGCGAUGCACCGGCGAAGCAGCCCGCGGUCAAAGGACCAAUCGAGCGGGUCAAAGUCGAGAAUGAGGAGAUCCUGGCGGCAGUCGAGUCUGAGGCGGAGGUGCCGGCGGAGAAGGAUACUCAGUCGCAGAAGAACGAGCUUAAGCGGAAGAGACAAGAUGAAACAGCGACCGAGCCUGAGAAGGGGAGUGAUGCGAUUGUUGAACCGCCCCCGAAGAAAACGAAGCCUUUACAGAAGGACGAACGCGCGAAUGGCCUUACCAAGGGUUCGGCAGGGCAGGACACGCAAAAGACAGACAAGUCUUCAAAGGAAGACCAGUGCGAGGAGUCUGGCAUGCCACCUCGAUUAUCUCCAGGAAUGCCCCCAAAGCUCUCACCACCUUUGCCUACGAAGCUUUCACCUCUUCACAAAGCGCAAGACACGAAAUCACCAAGUCGAGGCGGAGCGCAAGAUUCACAGGAUGCACCUGCUUUGCCGUCGCGGCUGUCGCCGACCCUUCCAGACAACAUCGAGAAGACCUUGCAAGCACGAACCCAUCCGUCAGCAUCAAAGGCACCAGAGACAUCUGCUCCGAACUCAACCUCGAAAGACAAGGACCACAGAUUGACUCCGAUCAAGAACGCAGCCGACGAAAUCACGAAACGCAAAUCUCCAGCUCCACGAAAUGGAUUCCGUGCCAACUCGAGCUCACCCGCAGUUCGGUCAGAUGCAGAAGACAGGACACGGCCAAAAAAUGCGAUUAUUCGGGCGAAGACACCAGAAAGGAAGCGAGAGAGUGAGGUCGAGAAGAAUGAGGCAACGAAACCACUUGUAUCAGCAAAAACUUCGUUGGUGGCGAGUCUCAAAUACAAGAAGGCCCGGAAAGGAGACAUCCUUAGAAUACUCAAAAUGCCGCCCAGACCCGACAAGAGCAUGUCUCAACCUCCUGACACGCGGGCUUCAGAGGAAGCGAAGCCGGCUGCCAAGACUACAGAGCGUCGAAACGGAGAGCGAAAGGACACCGGUCCUGUGAAAGGGGUGGCGCAAAAGAUUGGUCCUGUCAAGAAGGACAAGAAGCCUCAGCCACAGCCAGCAGAGAAGAAGAGAGAAGACGAGAAACCGGAGAAGCAGCCAGAGAAGCGCGAAGAGAAACACAAGAAAAAGCAGCCCGAAAAGCAACCUGAAAAGCAGCUCGAGAAGCCGCCCGACAAACAACCCGAAAAGCAGUCUGAAAAACGUUCGCUUCCGGACGACGAAAGAACCAGCUCUCCGACCAAGCGCAGAAAGGCAGAGUCUUCAGAGAAUCGGAAGGAGCCAUCGACGCCUGCGCAACGAGAGGUCGGCUCUCCUUUGACAUUGAAGUCUGGCCUGCAAGCAACACCAAGUGCAAGGAAAGAGCUCCUUUCACAUGCUAUGCGACGAGAGCAAUCGCAAGAUAGCAGCAGUACCCACGCCACGCCUCCAGGGCAGGAUAGCACGCCCAGCAUUGUCGGCAGUCAACCGAAUGGCAUUCCGAAGGCACCUUCAAGCCAGCCGAGCAAUAAGACUCCGAAGCAACAAGUGUGGGAGACAGAACAGAAACGCCUGGAGACUUUAGGUCGCGAGCUGAAGCACGCCGCCUCGGCCUAUCUCAACGCCUCUCAAUCCGACACUUCAAGCUCCUCCAACGACCAAAAGCUCGCCGCCGUCAAAUCCAUCGAAUCGUUCCUCUGCUACCUGCUAGCAUUCUCUUGUCUCGACGAAGUAAACCUCGCCGCCGACCCCAAGCAGUCUCCAUCAUAUACCACCUGGCGCAGCCUACACGGCUUCUACGGCUUCGUCAAACGCAACACCGAGCCCUUUCCCUCCCUCUGCGGCCUCUCCUGCUCCCUCGGCGUCGUCUACACAGCCCGCAUCCUCGAAAUCGCUGCGCACUUCCCCAACGACGGACCCAGCCGCGCCAGCCUCCUCGAAACCCACGCGACGCUGCAAAAAGCCGCCAACGAAGCCGAGCGCAAACUGGACAUCGAUGCGUUGCAGGACGCCUUCCCGAAAAGCUGGAGUCAGCGCAGUAAGAAACUCCCCGCGAACGAGAAGCUGGACUCCACGAAAUUGGGCGGCGGGUUCAAACUGCCUAUCGGCCUGGCGACGACUCCUGUCCGCGCCGCGAGGGCGGGUCAUGCUAUGCUGCAGGAGUGGUUGGAGAGGGAGCGGAUCGAUUAUACCCUGAAGCUGAAGCUUUGA